UUGCCUUGUUCCUGCAGUGAAGGCGCAGGGCGGGGCUCCGGCUUGUGUAGCUAGUACGUGUGCUUCACAGCAGUUAGGGCCAGUAAGCCAACGCUAAAGCCGAAGUCAGAAUCAUGGUGCUUCUUGAAAACGAUUCGUUUCUCACAGAGCUCACACGGCUGUUCCAGAAGUGCAGAACAUCUGGCAGUGUUGUGAUCACGCUAAAGAAAUAUGACGGGAGGACCAAGCCAGCGCCCCGGAAGGGCCACACAGAGUCAUUUGAACCAGCAGACAACAAAUGUCUCAUCAGAGCAUCUGAGGGCAAAAAGAAAAUUAGCACAGUGGUCAGCACCAAAGAAGUAAUCAAGUUUCAAAUGGCAUACUCUAACCUCCUUAGAGCUCACAUGGAUGGACUUAAGAAGAAAGAUAAGAAAAGCAAAAGCAAGAAAACCAAAGCCACCCAAUGAGCAACAGACUCUUUAACAUAACCAUGGGUACCUAAACUGGCCUGUAUGAUUUGAGGCAACGGGAAAGGCCUCCACUAGGUCUGUCACCCCAAUCGGCUUUCUUCCCAUUCACCUGAGGCCUCCGAAUCACUGUUCAUUCACCCGGUGACUACUUUGAUAUUAUGCCAUUGUUUGCAUGAUAAUGUCUCAUCUCUGGCUGUUUGGUGCCACUGGCCAUCUAGAACAGAAAACCUGAGGAUUUCUCGCAACUCGUGCAGGACAAAGCAAGUCAACUUAAUUCAAUCUCCGCUAUUUCUGCUUUGGAACCAGGUCGUCAACAGCUGUGUCACCUCUGGAACCACAUACAUGGAGCCCAAUGAUUAUUACCUGCCUUUCAUUCUAUUUAAUUGUUAGAGUCCAUAUUUAUGUUAUAUUUACAGCUGACCUGUGAGCUGUGCAUUUUUUAAAAAAAUUUUUUAUAAUCAAAUAAGCAUUGAAUUUACUGCUACGUUGCUUUGAAACACCGAACUAAACCAGAUGUUGGAGGAUUUCUUUAAACCAGUUUUACUGUUAGCUUGAUGAAAAUUUACUUUAUUCUGUUUUUAGUUUAACUCCUGCUGUACAAUAAUUUGUAUUUUAAACCAAUUUCUACCAAGCUGAUUAAACUGGCCAUCUAAAAUUUGUAAACACCAAUUACAUUUUGUAGUUUCAGUUACUGUGGUUAAUUGAAAGGUGAAUAUGAUUCUGAAUGAUGACAUGACAAAUGUUAAAAGUUGUAGAUUUUACUGAAAGGCAUGUUUGAGUUAUGAAUACAUAGACGUUAUUGGUUGUAAUUCUAAUAAUGUCACACAAAGCAGGUUUAACUACAGCCGGUAUAUUUUGACCGCCAUUUGUGCUGUCUCUUCGUGCUCCCGCGUCCUGAUCUCAUGAAAGAGGACUGCAGCAGAAUUAAAGUUCAGAAAUAAAGUAUGUUGUUGAAAGUCA